GCGUGGUCAAGACUUGAGGAACUUGACCCGCUCACGAGAGAGGACUGCGCUUGGAUGCCUCUACCCUCGACCGGAACCUUGCCAAGGCCGCAUUGCAACGCCUUGAUGGCAACUCUACGCUCCUAUUUGCACACUACAGUACCAGCUCCGUUGACGGACGACGGGGUAGCCGUUGUCGAUCUCCGCUCCUAUCUUGCGAAGAUUGACCGCGAGUACUCCACCCAAAGGUACGCCGCAACCGACGCGCCUUUGCUCAAUAUCCGCAUUCAGAUCGGAAAGGCAACCUGUAGUGCCUUGAUUGAUUGCGGAGCGUCUCACAACUUUAUGAGCCAAGCCUUUAUGGCCCGUGCAGGUCUUGGCCCGCGUGUUCGAAGGAAGAUGCAACCUACGCAAGUUACACUCGCGGACGGCCGCACGCAAAAGUCAAUUGACCGAUGCAUCGACGACGUUCCGGUAUACUUUGCGCCACUUGCGUGCGAGCCGGUGUCUUUUGACAUCCUCGACACCAAGUUCGACAUGAUUCUAGGCAUGUCUUGGUUGCGUAGCGCCGAUCAUCCGGUGAACUUCCAUGACCGAACCGUUCACAYCCGUGAUCGGAACGGAGUGUUAGUCCCAUGUACGGUCGCGACCCCUCACACUUCGAUUGCUUGUCACGUGGUUUCCGUUGCGAGAGUUCGCGACGCCAUUGCUCGGAAUGACAUCGAGGAGAUGGGCCUUGUAUUCUUGCAUGCUCUCCCCUCGCCGGACGGACCAGCCGCGUCACCGCCUGACCCACUCAUCACUCACCUCUUGGACGAGUAUGGAGACGUCUUCGAGGCGCCCACCGGAACGGUUCCGGAUCGGCCCAUACGUCACGGGAUCACUCUCGAGGCGGGCGCCGUCCCUCCGCGUGGAUGUUACCACGAGAUUGAAAUUCAGCCUCAAGAUCGGUACAAGACCGCGUUCAAGACGCGGUACGGGCAUUUUGAGUGGGUUGUCAUGCCCCUUGGCCUCACCAAUGCCCCCACAACUUUUCAAGCAGCUAUGACGACUGAGUUUCGCGACUUGCUCGAUCGCAGCGUCCUCAUCUACCUCGAUGACAUCUUGGUCUAUAGCAGGACGUUGGACGAGCACAUCACACACCUUCGCGCUGUUUUGAAUCGUUUGCGACUGGCCAAGUACAAAGCGAACCGCGACAAGUGCGAGUUCGCCAAGCAAGAGCUUGAGUUUUUGGGCCACUAUGUUACGCUGAAAGGCAUUCGUCCCUUAGCGGACAAGAUCCAAACCAUCGUGGAUUGGCCGGAACCCUGUUGCGGCGCGACGUACUUCUUGAAGUUGGACUUGAAGUCAAGUUACCACGAGAUUGAAAUCCAGCCUCAAGAUCGGUACAAGACCGCGUUCAAGACGCGGUACGGGCAUUUUGAGGGGGUUGUCAUGCCCUUUGGCCUCACCAAUGCCCCCGCAACUUUUCAAGCAGCUAUGACGACUGAGUUUCGCGACUUGCUCGAUCGCAGCGUCCUCAUCUACCUCGAUGACAUCUUGGUCUAUAGCAGGACGUUGGACGAGCACAUCACACACCUUCGCGCUGUUUUGAAUCGUUUGCGACUGGCCAAGUACAAAGCGAACCGCGACAAGUGCGAGUUCGCCAAGCAAGAGCUUGAGUUCUUGGGCCACUAUGUUACGCUGAAAGGCAUUCGUCCCUUAGCGGACAAGAUCCAAGCCAUUGUGGAUUGGCUGGAACCCCGUUGUACGACGGACGUACGCUCUUUCAUGGGAUUGGUUAGAUAUUAUCAGCGAUUCGUCGAGUCAUACUCGAAAGUGGCAGCUCCUUUGUCGAGGCUUCAGUCCCCGAAGGUGCCCUUCGAGUUCGACGACGCAGCCCGUGGCGCGUUCACUACGUUGAAGGCAGCGAUGCAAGCCGCACCUGCCCUCCGUAUAUUUGACCCCACCCUUCCAACCCAAGUGACUACGRACGCUUCGGGAUACGGCAUUGGUGCGGUGUUGGAACAGUGCCACGAGGACGGUUGGCAUCCGGUCGAGUAUUUCUCCCAAAAGGUGCCUCUCGUCAACACUCUCGACGAUGCUAGGAAGAAAGAGCUACUCGCGUUCGUCACCGUUCUCAAACGGUGGCGCCACUUUCUUCUCAGUCGUCGGCGUUUUAAAUGGAAUACGGACAACAAUCCGUUGACCUUUUACAAAACGCACGACACAGUCACUAGCACGAUCGGUCGAUGGAUGUAUUACAUCGACCAGUUCCAUUUUGACCCGUGCCACAUUCCCGAUCCCGCCAAUCGAGCGGCGGACGCCCUCUCACGACGGCCCGACUUUUGUGCCAUUGUGACCACGACAUUCGACCUCGAUGACGAUCUGCAGCCGCAUUUCGUCAAAGGAUACAAGUCCGAUCCGACUUACUCUACGCUAUAUGCAGAGCUCUCAUCGGAUCACCCGCCGGCUAGCCACUAUCGGAUUUCCGACGGGUUCCUUCUCCUUCACACGAGAGGAAAGGACUUGUUAGUUGUGCCCCAAGAUCGCAUCUUACGGACUCGUCUUCUCGGCGAAUUCCACGACGCACGACUWUCGGCACACCUUGGCAUGAACCGCACAUUAGCACGCCUCCGCCAGCGUUUUCACUGGCCUGACGUCCUUCACGACGUCAUGAG